AUGUGUCGCCCACCGAGCCAGUCCGACGCUCCGGCUCAAAUAAUUUCGGGGCUCAUCUGGGCCAUGCCGGUCAGGAUCUGGCAGUUGGGAGCUUCCCUCAAGAUAUACAUGAAGUGCGCUCCUGCGGUUGAGACCUUGCGACUUUGUGUCAAGUUCGGACAGGGUGACGAAGUACACAUCAACAAGCUGCCGGUAGACCUUCUGGAGGAAGUCGUCGACCAGAUUUGGGCUCAAGCACAUCCAGAUAGCAUCGAAGACACGCGAGCCUGGAUAGACGGCCUGUCUUGCUUUCGGGCGGAAUGUUCAGUCCAGAACCACCUUCGCGGGGAGUAUCUCAGGAAGGCUCAGAUUGAAUACUUCUCUGAGCACCUUGUCCUUCAGUCCGGAUGGCCUGAGAAUCCGGACAAGUGGGCCCUGUACAACUUCAUAAAAGAGAAAAAGAGAUGGAGUUUCAACAACACAUACUUGGGAGCAGAAGAGAAAGCCAACGAGAGGGAGAAUCUUGCAGAAGGCAGUUUCGUAAAGUAUGACAAGUUAUUGAAGGACUUUGGCCUUCAGGCAAUGAUCAUUCACCACUCGGUAGAACCAGAAACCUCAUGGAACGGAAUGCUUGAAGGCACUGGUUACGACCGCAUGUACAACACAACAUGCUACCUUGUUCUCCCACCGCGUUUGUCCAAAGAGUGUAGACGAGAUGUUACAGCACCUACCACUUACAUCCCUGGUCUUGUGCCGCCUCAUAUGUCGGGUGCCCCCGAUAAUUUCCUGACGAGCUCAUUCAUCGACAUGUCCUCACUGGCGCUUCGAGAGAAGGAUAAAUUGCGAUUCGGCCGUGUGAGACGCGUUCUAAACUUGACCCCCUACGCCCACCUUUCACAGCUUAAAUCAACAAUCUCCGCUCACUCCGCCAGCUUCGAAAUGGACAAUGAGAUCUCUGGGUAUAUGAAGCGACCAGGAGAAAUACCGCCACUAUAUACACGAACCGAGAGGGAAGCUCGGAGCCAAGCUCGGCAGGACGAAAAUGAGCUGCACCGAAAAAAGAUAAGGGAGACUACUUGGCCGCAACUUCUCAGCUUGACAAGAUCAAACCUCCUAUUCACCGUUUGACCACUUGACUACUUGACUAUGCCGAACUCCCUCCAAGUACCCAAGCGGUAGCAAGAAACGCCAACAAGGAAUAUUCCUACUGCUGAAGAGCCGGGAAGGGAACAGUAUCACUUAGAUGAGCUUCUGGGUAUGCUAGAAAGACCUCGAAGCACCCUGAACAGUAGGGGAAAAGAAUACACAAACCAAGCAAUACAAACCAAUACCAAACCAAAUGAUCAAGAAUGGUAUUCCUUCCAUGCUCUACAUCGUCGAGAUCCGCAACCCCUCCAGCAACCCAACUGCCUCCUCAAAAUCCCCC